AUGCAGGCCCUCAAGCUGGGCAAAAAGUACCCGGACCUCAAGCAGGAGGACAUCUUCGACCUGAUCAACCGCUUCCAGCAGAUUGAUGUCGACGACAAGGGUUCGCUUGACAAGGCCACUGUCAUCUCUGCGCUCCAGCAGAGCGGCGAUGCCGACUAUGACUCUGCGCGUGAGACGCUCAAGAAUGUCAACAUUGACUCGUCGGGCCGUGUCGAGCUCGAGGACUGGGUCCAGCUCCACUCGCUGUUGAAAAAGGCCAAGGAGCAGCCUCUCCUCGAGACGCACAAGGGCCGUAUUGCCAUGAAGGGUACCGCGGGCACCAACGCCCAGCACUCGAUCAACGAGGAUGAGCUGCGCUCGUUCACCGACCACAUCAACGGUGUGCUUGGCGGUGACCCCGAUGUUGGCCACCUCCUUCCCAUCCCGACCGACACGAUGCAGCUCUUUGACGAGGUCCGCGACGGUCUGAUUCUGUGCAAGCUGAUCAACGACUCUGUUCCCGACACCAUCGACGAGCGUGUGCUCAACAAGCCCGGCCCCAAGCGCAAGCAGCUCAACGCGUUCCAGAUGACUGAGAACAACAACAUUGUCAUCACCUCGGCCAAGGCUAUUGGCUGCUCGGUGGUCAACAUUGGUCCCUCGGACAUCCAGGAGGGCCGCGAGCACCUGAUCCUCGGUCUCGUGUGGCAGGUCAUCCGCCGUGGUCUGCUUGCCAAGAUUGACAUCAAGAUCCACCCCGAGCUCUACCGCCUGCUCGAGGACGGCGAGACGCUCGACGAGUUCCUGCGUCUCCCGCCCGACCAGAUCCUCCUCCGCUGGUUCAACUACCACCUCAAGGCCGCCAAGUGGGAGCGCCGCGUCACGAACUUUACCAAGGACGUCUCGGACGGCGAAAACUACACGGUGCUCUUGAACCAGCUCAAGCCGGACCAGUGCUCGCUCGCGCCCCUCCAGACGCGCGACCUUCACCAGCGCGCCGAGGAGGUCCUGGACGGCGCCGACCGUAUUGGCUGCCGUCGCUUCCUGACCCCCAACUCGCUCGUGUCUGGUAACCCCAAGCUCAACCUUGCGUUUGUUGCCAACCUGUUCAACACGUGGCCGGGCCUUGCGCCGCUCGAGGAGGCCGAGGCUCCUCCUGUGAUUGAGGACUUUGACGCCGAGGGCGAGCGCGAGGCGCGCGUCUUCACCCUGUGGCUCAACUCGCUCGACGUUGAUCCCGGAGUGUACAGCCUCUUCGAGGACCUCAAGGACGGCUACAUCCUCCUCCAGGGCUUUGACAAGGUCAUCCCCGGCUCGGUCAUUUGGCGCCGCGUCUCCAAGCCCAAGGAGGGCCAAGAGCUGUCGCGCUUCAAGGCUGUCGAGAACACCAACUAUGCCGUCGAGCUGGCCACUGCCAACGGCAUGCACAUGGUCGGCAUCCAGGGCGCGGACAUUACCGACGGCGCACGCACGCUCGUCCUCGGCCUCGUGUGGCAGCUCAUGCGCAUCAGCAUCACCCAGACGCUCGCGUCCAUCUCCAAGGGCGGCCGCGGCGUCACCGACCAGGACAUGGUCAAGUGGGCCAACGAGACGGUCCAGCGCGGCGGCAAGUCGUCCACCAUGCGCUCGUUCAAGGACCCCAGCCUGUCCAACGGCGUCUUCUUCCUCGACCUCCUCAACGGCGUGCGCCCCGGCAUCGUCGACUACAACCUCGUCUACCAGAACACCAACGACCCCGACGAGAAGAAGCUCAACGCAAAGCUCGCCAUCAGCAUUGCGCGCAAGCUCAACGCACUCAUCUUCCUCGUGCCAGAGGACAUUGUCGACGUGCGUCCCCGCCUCAUCCUCACCUUUGUGGGCGCGCUCUGGGCCGCGAGCCUCAACCAGUAG